AUGCUACGAUCGAAUGGCUUUGGAAAGAUCAGGGAUCAUGGUCAUGGCAUCUCCAGCCGCAACAGCGACACCCAAACCGAACAGACGCCGACACUCACGUUGGCCGAAACGCUUCAUUCCCAGUCCCGGAACAGUUCCCGGUCUCAAUCCCAAUCGCAACCGCCCUCGACUCGACCAGAACAGCAAGAUGCAGUCACUCGCACACCAUCACCGACCUUUCCUCCAUUGACUGGGGAAGUCCCCGAGUUCGCCCCAGAUGCAUCAAUGCUUCUGGCUGGCAUCCGCGGCGCUGGAAAGUCUACAUUGGCCAUCAUGGCAUCGUCCGCCAUGGAUCGCAAAGUUAUAGACCUUGAGACAGCUUUCCAGAAGACUUCGGGGCUCUCAAGUGCCGCUUACAAGGCCGAGCAUGGCUCAGCUGCAUGCUACAAGCAUCAAGCCAAGGUCCUACAGAAUGCACUAGACCGACAUCGCACCGGUUGCAUCCUCGUUUGUUCCUGGAUGGAGAGUCGUAUACAAAACCUCUUGAGGGAAUUCGCCGCCACUCAUCCUGUCAUUCACAUUGUACGCGACGCCGAUGCCAUUCAGAACCACCUCAAGUUCCGCGACAAGGCCAAGAUCCGGAACCUCCUCAAUGUCAGCAACGCCAUCUUCAGGACAUGCACCAAUUUUGAGUUCUUUAAUGUCUCGGAGAAGCCAGCCAGGUCAUCUCUCACUCGGAUCUUUCUCACCCAAAGAACUCCUGCUCCAUAUCUGACCCUGAAGCACGUCGAGAGACAUUUCCUCAAGUUCCUCUCGCUCAUCUACCCAGCCGGUACAAUCCCGUUCAUGGACUCGGCGUUCCCCUUGUCAAGGAUCCCACCAGAGGAACGACGAUUUACCUAUGCUACCUCAAUUCCUCUCUCAGAUAUUUUGGACGACUCUGUGGACACAGAGGAGCACGUCGCUGGAGCAGAUGUGGUUCAAAUUGUGGUGCAUGACCUGGCUGAUCACGCAGAAGCAGGCACUCUCACAGCCGAAACCAGCAGUCAACUGCUUGCCGACAUCACAAAAGGCAUAGGGGUUGUCAGAAGAAGCACGAUUCUACCCAUCAUACUGCACUUAUUCCUCCCCCAUACAGCAAGCGAGGAUGUCGUUCGUGUCUACCUGGAUCUCAUACACCACACCCUUCGUCUCGCCCCGGAGAUGAUGACGGUUGACCUACGACUGGAGGACUCGCACAUUUCUCGGAUAUUGACGGUUCGAAAAAGGACAAAAAUCAUUGGAAACGCUUUCAUCAUCACAGAUCCCCCAUCCUGGGAGUCUCCAAUGUGGAUGAACUGGUACAAAAAGGCCAAUACCUUGGGUUGCCACUUGGCCAGGCUGAUUCGCCCUGCCGCAAACGUCGAGGACAACUUCCGUAUCAAUCACCUCAGGUCGUCUGUCGAUGCUUUACAAGGACCCAAGAUCCCCUUGAUUGCCUACAAUUCUGGACCUCUGGGUCGCAAUUCCGCGGCCUUUAAUCGCAUCCUCACAGUCGUUCGCCCAGAUUCAUUAGAGCGGGUGAACCCGAAGCCACCGAUCACUCCGUGCAUCACGGCGGUGGGUGCGACCAAGGCUCUUUUCUCGUCAUUCGUCUACAAUGAGAUGAAGCUAUACGUCUUUGGAACCAACGUCAGCUACAGCUUGUCACCAGCAAUGCACACCUGUGCAUUGAAGGCGUGUGGAGUCCCCCAUACCUACGAACCAGUCUCAUGUGCCUCUCUACGGGGGAUACGGCAUUUGAUCGAAGACUCGAAUUUUGCAGGCGCUUCAAUCGGUCUCCCCUUCAAGGUUGAGAUCAUCACACUGACGCAUUCGUUGAGCAACCACGCUCGGGCGAUUGGGGCUGUCAAUACUCUCAUCCCGAUCCGCUCGCUGAACGAAGAUGGCUCGAUACCAACAGGAGCGGCCUUUUUCGACAGUGUCAAUCAGUCUGGGCCGAUCAAGGCCCUCUACGGCGAAAACACGGAUUGGAUCGGAAUUCGAGCGUGUAUUCGCCGCGGCCUUUCACCUGCAAAUGCUGUUGUCGCAAGCACUUGCGGUCUCGUCAUCGGAGCAGGCGGAAUGGCGCGGGCCACAAUAUACGCAAUGCUUCAAGUCGGCAUCAAAAACAUCGUCGUCUACAAUCGCACAACUCAAAAUGCUCAGAAGAUGGUAUCUCACUUUACAGAGCUCCUUCAAAGGAAGGACUUUAAGCUUCUCAGCGCCGGGAGCGAACGGGCCCAGUUCCACGUCAUUGAAUCGCUUCAAGAUGCUUGGCCUGCCGAUGUCCGCCUACCUACAGUAGUCGUUUCGUGCAUCCCAACGCAUCGCAUUGGAAAUGUGCCUGCGCCGGAAUUGACACUUCCGGAUGAGUGGCUAGGAAGCCGCACGGGAGGCGUCGCAAUUGAGCUUGGAUACAAGACGUUGGAUACGCCAUUCCUAGCUCAGUUCAGAAAGGAGUCAUCUCGAGGAUGGGUCAGCAUGGAUGGUCUCGACAUGCUGCCUGAGCAAGGCUUUGCUCAAUUUGAACUGUUCACGGGUCGAAGAGCACCGAGGAGGAUCAUGAGGCGAGAGGUUUUCCAGGCAUACCCUGAUGAGGAGGGCAAGUCGAACUUUGAAGAAUUGCGGCCCAGGCUACAAUCGCUUGAUGAACAAGAUGCAUAA